GAUGCUCCAAGGACUCGACUUUAUUUAACGACUCUUUGGCCUGCGCUGUGGCUGUCUCCUGUCCUUGUUAUCGCCUUGACUUCAUCGGAAGGGCAGGGGAGAGACUCUGCCAAUGGAGGACGGGGCAAAUCUGGGCGGCGUCCUCUGGAGAGAAGAAGACCACGCCGGCGCCGCCGCCGGAGAGGAGGAAGAAGAGGAAGAUUCGGAGGAGGAGGAGGAGUUCGAGCCGACGGAGGACGAGCUGGUGCUCCACUUCCUGCGCCCGCAGCUGCGCGGGUUCGAGCCGCGGGUGGCGGGCGCCGUGGCGGAGGAGGCCGACCCCUGCGGGUGCGCGCCCUGGGACCUGCUCGCGCGCCACGGCCUGCGCCGCCGCGGCCGGGGCUACUUCUUCGCGCCCCGCCGGCGCAGGGGCGGGACGGUGCGGCGGUCCCCGGCCGGGGGAAAGGGAGGCAGCUGGAUGCACAGGGGGACCAAGGGCGACGGGGCGUCGGCGACGGAGCUGGGCGUGGUGGUGCCGUGGCGCCGGACCCGGUACUGCUUCUAUGUACGUGGAGGGGCGGCGAGGAGCAGCGCCGGGUGGGUGAUGUCGGAGUACGAGAUCACGGACCCCAGGUGCUACCGCCGGGUUGAGGAAGGGGAGGAGGACGAGUACUGGGUGCUCUGCCAUGUCCGCAGGAGCUCCAGGGCCGCCGCCGCCGCGGCCAAACCCCGGGCUCGCCGCGCGCACCUCUGGGAUGAUGAUCCAAGCAGAGUACCUGGGCUUGCCGUUUGACGCCACGGAUUCGAUUCGAUCACUUCACGAUUGGAUGUUUGUAUACUAGUACAAAAUUACAAAGAAAUAAUUGAGGAAUCCGGUUGUGCUUCUUGUUUCCAUCUCUGUAUGUUCGUUCGUGUAGCGCAUGAGGAAAUGACGGGGAAUAAAUAAAGGAUGAUAAUAGUGUGGAAUUCA